CUGCUUUCGUUCAAACCACCCACCAAACGUUUAUAAAUAUUUGUUUACAACUUACAACAUCUAGUAGCCGUUGGCGCUGCCUCCUUUCAAAUUCAAACCUACCCCAGUAGCAGAACUCUAAGCAUAGAUAGAAGAGAUGCUAUCAACACAAUCGCCGAUCGUCCUCAAUCAAACCCCCCGGCAGAAUGCUUGCCGGAAACCCCUGCAGCCCAUGAAUUUUCCGGUUAAUCGUCCUAUUGACGAUUCGGUGGAGGCCAAGACGCCAAAGCCGGAACGGUUCGAGAUCUCAGUGGAUGGCGAUGGCGAUGGCGAUUUGGAUAAGGAGAACCGUCCCUUCUCGCCACUGCCCGUGAGAAUCGCACCCUUCGACGCUUCUCUUGCAGAGGAACUAAGCGCGAUCCGGAAGAGGCUGGAACGGCAGAGAGUGGAUAAGGAGAAGACAGAGAAGAAGUUGAGGGAGAGGGAUGCGAUGCUGGAUAUGCGGAUGCAGGAACUGCAGAAGAGAUGGGAAGCACAGAAGAAACUUGAGAACAUGAUGGAAAAACUGCAGUUGCUCAAGGAACUCCAAUCUCGUUGCAUGAGAGUCCUUCACGUUCAAUCGCUCAGGGAAAAGGAAAGAGAAAAGAGGACAGAAGAAGCCCUGUUGCAGGAGGUGCGAUCCAAGGAGAAGGAAAGCGAGGAGAAGAAAACCGUGGACAGAAACGCAGAGUCUCAAAAUGAGCAAGUGACAGAAAAGAGGCUGAUUGGAUGAGAAAGAAAACGAAAGGGGCAAAUUCUAUAUUUGCAAAAGCAACAGACAUAAAGGAUGUUUAUUUUUAUUUCCAGAUUUGUUCUUCAUUUUGCAGCACUUAACCGAUGGGUUCCAGGAUUCACAGUUAAAUUCAUAUUUCAUGAAUCAAUAUUGGCAAGCAUUGAAUUCAAUCACAUUGGUACUGUUCAAAUUCAAUUUGUCAGUAACACUGAUCCUUUACCAGUUUAA